GCAGCCAUCCCACACGCACGUAGAAACACACGACGCCCCCCGGACGCCAUGGCUUCUGUUGUUCCGGUGGUUGUGCCGCGCAUGAAGCUGGGGUCGCAGGGGCUGGAGGUCUCGGCGCAGGGCCUCGGCUGCAUGGGCAUGUCUUGCGCCUACGGCGAGCGCAGGCCCGAGCCGGAAAUGAUCGCGCUCCUUCACCGCGCGGUCGCCGCCGGCGUCACCUUUCUCGACACGUCCGACGUCUACGGGCCUCACACCAACGAGAUCCUCGUCGGCAAGGGGCUGCAAGGCGGCGUGAGGGAGAAGGUGGAGCUGGCCACCAAGUUCGGCAGCGCGUUAGCCGACGGCCAGUGGGAGGUCCGCGGGGACCCGCCGUUCGUGCGAGCGGCAUGUGAGGCCAGCCUCGCCCGGCUGGGCGUCGACUGCAUCGACCUCUAUUACCAGCACCGCAUUGACAAUAAUGUCCCCGUCGAGAUCACGAUGGGCGAACUCAAGAAACUAGUGGAAGAAGGAAAGGUGAAAUAUGUUGGGUUAUCCGAAGCCUCGGCGUCCACAAUCAGAAGGGCACAUGCUGUUCAUCCUAUUACUGCCAUCCAGCUGGAGUGGUCGCUGUGGUCAAGAGACGUCGAAGAAGAUAUAAUCCCCACUUGCAGAGAACUUGGCAUUGGAAUUGUGGCAUACAGUCCACUAGGCAGAGGGUUCUUAUCCAGUGGAUCUAAACUGGUGGACACAUUACGUGAGGACGAUUUUCGCAAGAUUCUCCCAAGAUUUCAACCCGAGAACAUGGUGAAGAACGCUGCCAUAUUCGAGCAUGUAAGUGAGAUGGCUGCGAGGAAAGGAUGCACGCCGUCGCAGCUCGCGCUGUCCUGGGUUCACCACCAGGGAAAUGAUGUGUGCCCAAUACCUGGGACGACAAAAAUUGAGAAUUUCAACGACAACGUGAUAGCUUUGUCUCUCAGGAUCACGCCCGAGGAGAUGGCUGAGCUAGAGUCCUAUGCCGCCAUGGAGUCUAUUCAUGGUGAUCGGUAUGCCAGUUCCCUCUACACCUGGAAGGACUCUGAGACCCCUCCCUUGUCAUCAUGGAAAGCUACUUAGAUAUUUCGCUCUUCCGCUCUCUCCUUAUCUCUACAGUAAAGGAGACCGAAAGAGGCGAUCGUUUCUUCCGGCUCUGGAUCCGGCGUCUCCCCUCCCCUGGCGGCCCUGUGCUCGUCGGUGUGGAGAGGGUCGCCGGAUCUGGAGCUCGGAUAUGUAUAGCUGUAGGUUUUUAGGGCCUAGUAGCUUAGGUUUCGUCCGUCUGGCGGCGUGGUCUUCGGCAACGGCGUCGACGGUGUCGAAGGUCUGCACGUUUCCCCGUUCGUCCCCAGCGACGAGGGUGAAGGUGCUGAAUAAAUUGGCCUUGGUUCCCGUCAAAUCGCAGCGUUUUCCGUUGCGGUUGUGGACGGACCUGUGUGCCAGGCUUCCUUGUGGGUUUGUCGCGGCGGCGGCGGCGAUCCUGCUGUGGAUUUUGUCCUCCGGCUCGGCCGCCGUAGCCGCGCGCGUUCCCGCGUCACUACGGAGCUUGGGAGGAGUUGUACAGGAGCGGGGCUGGCGGCUGCUGUCCUUCCUGGCGGCGCUGUCAGCGAACUCGAGGCGCUGGCGGACCCGGUGCUGGGCUCGUGGUCGAAGGUGGGCGGUGCUGUUUGGCUCAGUCGACUACGUCGACUGGCUCAGGCAGUACGGCGAUCUGGACAAGCACGGGGUCUUCCCCGGCCGAUGUUCCCCAGAGCUAGCGACUGCGUCGUUCGCGGCGAGUCCCAAUAGAGGUCCACAAAGCAGCCUGUCUGCGAGGAUGCUUCUCCAGGUCUUGGCGCAGUGGAAGCUCAUCUUCGUCUCCGGCGUCGUCUUCGGCGGCGGCGGUCCUGCAAGCCGAGUGUUGGUGCUCUACGCAGAGAUUCCCUGGGGCUUGUUUGUUUUUUCUUGUUGGUUGGGGGUCUUUUGUGUAAAGUAUCGUGGUGUGCUGGCGCUUCUCGAGCGUUCUGGGUGGUGCGUGUGUUGUACCGUCUCGACUUGGCUUGAAUGAACACAUGGUAACCUUCAAAAAAAAAAAAAAAAAAGAUAUUUCUUGUGGGGUUCGCUA